AUGGCUUCUCCCAAGGGACCCAACUUCCUUGUCAUCGUCGCAGACAAUCUAAGGUUCAGCAACACUAGGCUGUUUGGCUCCAAGAUCAAGACCCCAGCGCUCGACAUAACCCUGAUCGCCAAAGAGGGGGUUCAGCUAACAAACUUCCACAGAGCAUCAGCAUAUUCCCCAACACGAUUGAUGCUGUUUUCAGGCACUGAUAACCACAUCGCAAGUCUCAGCCAGAUAGACAAGCACAUGGUAACAACAACUUGGGAUCACUACAACAACGAGCUGGCCAACAUCGGCAACCAGGACUCUUCACAUGGCUUCAAGACGUGGAUCACCGAGAGCAGCAUCCGCUGCCCCUGUCUGGUGCGAUCCCCGCCGCUGGCGGCCGCCCCAGGCUCGCACACCAACACCUUCACGGCAGUCAUGGACAUUGUGCCCACCUUCCUGGAGCUAGCCAGGGUCACGCAUCCGCAUCUCCAGGCGUUCAGGGGCCGCGACAUGGUGUCCAUGCGCGGCCACUCGUGGGUGCCGCACUUGGCAGCGUCGCUAGACCUCGCAGCAGCGCCGAGCAUCUACAACAAGAACACGGCUAUGACGGGAUAG